AUGGUGGAUGUCGUAUCCGUUCAGGCUCUUGACGAUGGUCGGCGAUAUGAUGGUCGUGAAGCCGGUAAUCUCUCGUGUCGGUAUGCCGCAUUGGCCAAAGUUGUUCAGCCCGAAAGCCCAGACCUUGCCGUUGGUAUCGAUGGCGAAGCUGUGAUGCGAUCCCGCAAAGAUCUUGGCCGUUUUGUUUUUGGGCAUGCCUAUGCGCUGAGGGAUCAGGGUUUCGAAGCGGCGACGCUCCAAGAUGCGUCUUCCCAGCUCGUUCUGCUCCCCCGAGCCCCACGCAAAGACGUUGCCGUCGUUGGUCAAAGCGAGGACGUGGUUUGCGCCACCGGCCAGCUCAAUGAUGUUUUCGAGGCCAGGGAUGCGCACAGGUAG